UGCGCGGUGGGGAGCAGCUCGCGGCUCCGGCUCUACUUAGGGCCGGCUGCAGUCUGAGUCUGAGGGCGGCCGAAUUGGUUUGCUAGUUUAAGAUGAGGUUUCUGCUACUUCUCCUGGUGGCGGCGUCGGCGGUGGUCCGGAGCGAUGCCUCGGCCAACCUGGGUGGCGUGCCUGGCAAGAGAUUAAAGAUGCAGUACGCCACGGGGCCGCUGCUCAAGUUCCAGAUUUGUGUUUCCUGAGGUUAUAGGCGGGUGUUUGAGGAGUACAUGCGGGUUAUUAGCCAGCGGUACCCAGACAUCCGCAUUGAAGGAGAGAAUUACCUCCCUCAACCAAUAUAUAGACACAUAGCAUCUUUCCUGUCAGUCUUCAAGCUAGUGUUAAUAGGCUUAAUAAUUGUUGGCAAGGAUCCUUUUGCUUUCUUUGGCAUGCAAGCGCCUAGCAUCUGGCAGUGGGGCCAAGAAAACAAGGUCUAUGCAUGUAUGAUGGUCUUUUUCUUGAGCAACAUGAUUGAGAACCAGUGUAUGUCAACAGGUGCAUUUGAGAUAACUUUGAAUGAUGUACCUGUGUGGUCUAAGCUGGAAUCUGGUCACCUUCCAUCCAUGCAACAGCUUGUUCAAAUUCUUGACAAUGAAAUGAAGCUCAAUGUGCAUAUGGAUUCAAUCCCACACCAUCGAUCAUAGCCCCACCUAUCAGCACUGAAAACUCUUUUACAUUAAGGGAUUUUUACAAGAGCAGCGUGACUGACAUUAUGAAGGCCUGUACUGAAGACAGCAAGCUGUUAGUACAGACCAGAUGCUUUCUUGGCAGGCUCGUUGUACCUCUUGGAAAACCUCAAUGCAAGGCAGUUUUUCAGUGCUGGCACAUUUUGGAAUUCUGCACAUUCGUGGAGUGCAAUAAUACUGUAUAGUUUUUUUUUCUUCCCCAAGUCCACUCGGUUAAUAGUUUUUUUUAAAAAAUGCAGACAUUACUACUUGCACUUCUUUUUUCUCGGUCAUAUUUGAAAAAGUAGAAAAUUGAGUUGCAAUUUGAUUUUUUUUUUCAAAGAUGUCUGUUAAGUCUAUUGUGAUUUUAUAUGAAUUUUCCUUUUUUAUAGUUUAAAAUUGAUCCUUUGGGGACUAGAGCUGAAGUUCCCAAAUACUUUGUAAGAGUUUAUCAGACAUCUCUAAUUUGGUCAUGUCCAAUUUAUAUAGUUUUCAAAAUACUGCAGAUUGUGAACAGCACAUUAUAUAAGAUUAUGGGGGGAAAUCCUAUAUCCAGAGUACUCUACCAAUUUGUGUAUGUGUGUGUGUGCGUGUGUGAUUACCAGAGAACUACUAAAAGACCAACCACUUUUUAAAUCCUGUUAAUGUAGUUCAAGUGUCCUGCCUUGACCAAUUUAAUGAGUUGAUUAACUGGGCCUUUAUACUUAACUCAAUAAAAAACUAAGCAGAUGUAAGUUAAA